CAAAUGGCGGCAUCUGGACAAGAUAUUUCGUAUUAAAUGUCUUGUUGAAAAAUACAACUACAGAUGACCGUAACCGUAUACACAGGAAUCUCUUUGGUUUUUGCAUCGUUCAAUUCGAGUGCUGAGGUAUGCACGAGGCGAAUAGCAAUGGUGCCGGUAACCGUGUUUCAAUAUCAACGCCAAAACUGUGAUUUUUAUUUCCUCUAUUAAUCUAGUAUUGAGAAUACAGCGUAUGAUGAAAAAAAUUUUAGAAGAAUGUAAGUAUGGCAGAAGGUGGAAUAGAACCAAAGCCUAGUGAUAAUCAAAUAUCUAAAUUACAAUUGGAAGUGAAUGAAUGUCUUGGUAAUUGGCUAGUGUAUUUACAGACGCUCAAUGGCCUAUGCACAGCGGGUACAAAAUUAACUCAAUCAUUACAAACACUUUUGUCUGCUCAUGAUACAUUAGCACAAUGUCGAUUAACAGGACAAUGUCUUGCUGGUUGGGAAGAGCUUACAAGAGCAACAUAUAUAGCCAGCAAUACGGUAAAAAAUCACAUUAUCUCUGCAUUAAGAGAUCAUGAAUCACGAGAAAAUGAAGGAGAAAAACAUGAUAUACUUAGAGAUAAUUUAAUGACAUUCAUAAAUUUACAAUAUCAGUUCUGUGUUGCAUGCUGUGAAUGUCUAGGUGGAAUGGCAGAAUGCUCCUGUUCUCAAAGUGGUACAGCUGAAUGUGAUAUUGCUUCUCUUCAGCAAUGUUUUGAAAGAUUGUAUAGUUCAUCGCCAUUAGCAUCUUCUAUGUCAACACAACAAUCUGUACAAAAUUGUCAUAGAUCACCUUUACCAUAUCCUUUAUUUCCUCUGCGGGUUCAGAGGAGAUGGUCCGAAACCGCAGCUGCGGAAAUGUCAGGUGAAUCAUCAGAUAAUACAAUGAGAAGAUGGUCUAUGCCAUGGGAUUGUAGAAACAUCACAGAUUGGCCACGACAUGAUAUUAGAUUUCGAUUGAGGUUACCUCAUCAAGAUAGAAGUAGAUCUACUACUCCAGAUACAAUAUGGAAAACAUCUGCUAUGGCUAGUCAAGAUGGCUUACAAGAAGCUAUCCAACUAUUAUCUUGUAAACCAGGAGUUAGACCUCUGAAUCAAUUGCCUGCUUACACAAAUCAUCAUAUCCCAGGUGUUACAUUAACGACGUGCAAUUUUGAAUCAAAUUAUGAUUCGACUAUUUGGCCAGGAUCUCGAAAAGUAGGUACUUCAAGAUGUUGGCCUCAUGAUUCUCAUUCAAGUGAUCAUUCUGAUCAAUCAGGACAACGAGAAAGUGAUCACAGUGGAGAGCAUCGAGAUUCGGAACAAAGUGGAACUAGUGGUAGUCACGGUGACAGCAAAGAUAGCAUUCAUUCACAGAGUGAUCAUAGGGAAAUCGAACUUGGUACCAUAGAUGUAUUAGCUUCACGUAAAAACAGUUCUUCAACAGACUCUUGCAUAUCAGCCCAUAGUCGUUCAGGUUCCGAGAGCGCUGCUGGUGGGGAAUCCGCGAGAUCUCAAUUAUAUUCGAUGUGGAGCGGCAGCGAUUUGCCUUUCAUUAAAUUGCCAGAAAGCAAUGAAACGCAAGAUGAACAUCCACCUGUAUAAAUAUGCUAUUGGCAAAUCACUUUUAUGCUUUUUUUCGAAUGUUGUAAUUUUUAUUAUAUUUAUAAGCACGAUGCAAUAACGCGCGUUAAUAGUGCGUAUAUAAAUUAAUCUAUGUGAUCAUUGAAUCUACGCGUAAAACGCGGUAUUUAAUGUUCACUAUACAAAGUAGAAUUGAAUGAGUGUGUUUAUAAAAUAUAUUGCGCGAUAAGGCGGUAUAUAAUCAUUCAAAGAGUGAAUUACACUUUAAAAUAGAAUAAUUUAUAAAAAAAUGAUUGUAAAUUUUUUAUUAUCUACGGGAAUUUAUUUAUAAAUAAUUAUUUGAUAUUGGCUCUGUUUUUCUAGUCUAUUAAUUAGUUUUCAGAAAAAAAUUAUUCAUUAAUAUCUUUCCGAUGGAAUUUUUCCAAAUUCCAUUCUUAGUUCAAUGUGGUAAAGUUUUAAUGAAAUCUACAAUUUUCAGUAUCGAUAUUAUACUACUAUUGUUAUUUAUAUUACAUAUGAUCGCAUGAAUUGGAAAAUAAAAAUUGAACAUUUUCCUACACGA